GGGGCGGGGAGAGAGAGGACACGGAGCCGGAGCAUUCAUCCGGAGACUCCCGGAACAACACGGUUCAUCCACCGGACGAUCCCCCGCGGAGGCCCGGGAGCUCACACCCGCAGAGAGAACCCUCAGAGCGGAGCCAUGGACGACGGGAAGCCGGUGUGGGCGCCGCACCCGACGGACGGGUUCCAGCUCGGGACCAUCGUGGACAUCGGAGCCGACAGCCUCAGCAUCGAGCCUCUCAACGGGAAGGGAAAGACGUUUCUGGCUCAGAUCAGCCAGGUCUUUCCUGCAGAAGAGGAUGUCAACAAACACAUGGAGGACAACUGUUCUCUGAUGUACCUGAAUGAAGCGACUCUGCUCAACAAUGUUCGUGUGAGAUACAGCAAAGACAAGAUUUAUACGUUCGUGGCCAACAUCCUGAUCGCGGUGAACCCGUACUACGACCUCCCAAAGCUUUACUCGCCAGAGACCAUCAAGCAGUACCGGGGCCGGUCUCUGGGGACGCUGCCGCCGCACGUGUACGCCAUCGCCGAUAAGGCCUACAGGGACAUGAGGGUGCUGAAGAUGAGCCAGUCCAUCAUCGUCUCAGGGGAGUCCGGAGCCGGGAAGACAGAAAACACCAAGUUUGUGCUGAAAUACCUGACGACCUCGUACGGAACCGGCCAGGACAUCGACGAGAGGAUCGUGGAAGCGAACCCCCUGCUGGAGGCUUUCGGAAACGCCAAGACGGUUCGGAACAACAACAGCAGCCGCUUCGGGAAGUUCGUGGAAAUCCACUUUAACGAGAAGAACACGGUGGUGGGCGGCUUCGUGUCCCACUACCUGCUGGAGAAGUCCAGGAUCUGCAGGCAGAGCAAAGAGGAGAGAAACUACCACAUCUUCUACCGCCUGUGCGCCGGAGCGUCCGAGGACAUCAGGCAGAAGUUUCACCUCAGCUCCCCCGACUCCUUCAGGUACCUGAACAGAGGCUGCACUCGCUUCUUCGCUUCCAAAGACACAGACAAGCAGAUCCUGCAGAAUCGCAAGAGUCCCGAGCACCUGAAGGCCGGCCCCCUGAAGGACCCGCUGCUGGACGACCAGGGCGACUUCAACAGGAUGUGCGUGGCCAUGAAGAAGAUCGGCCUGGACGACACGGAGAAGCUGGACCUGUUCAGGGUGGUGGCCGGCGUGCUGAACCUGGGCAACAUCGACUUCGAGGAGACGGGCAGCACGUCAGGCGGCUGCACCAUCAGGAAACAGUCGAGUCAGACGGUGGAGCAGUGUGCCGAGCUGCUGGGACUGGAGCAGGACGACCUGCGGGUCAGCCUCACCUCCAGGGUCAUGCUCACAACUGCAGGGGGCGCCAAAGGAACAGUCAUCAAAGUUCCACUCAAGGUGGAGCAAGCCAACAACGCUCGCGAUGCGCUGGCGAAGGCCGUGUACAGCCGGCUGUUCGACCACGUGGUGACCCGGGUCAACCAGUGCUUCCCGUUCGACUCCUCCGCCAACUUCAUCGGCGUCCUGGACAUCGCUGGUUUUGAGUACUUUGAACACAACAGCUUCGAGCAGUUCUGCAUCAACUACUGUAACGAGAAGCUGCAGCAGUUCUUCAACGAGCGAAUCCUGAAAGAGGAGCAAGAGCUGUACCAGAAGGAAGGGCUGGGCGUCAACGAGGUUCACUACGUGGACAACCAGGACUGCAUAGACCUGGUGGAGGCCAAGCUGGUCGGCGUCCUGGACAUCCUGGACGAAGAGAACCGGUUACCUCAGCCCAGCGACCAGCACUUCACCGACACGGUUCACAACAAACACAAGGAUCACUUCCGCCUCACGGUGCCCAGGAAGUCUAAGCUGUCCGUCCACAGGAACGUGAGGGACGAUGAAGGAUUUAUUAUCAGACACUUUGCAGGAGCCGUGUGCUACGAGACGACCAAGUUCGUGGAGAAGAACAACGACGCGCUGCACAUGUCUCUGGAGUGUCUGGUCAGCGAGUCCAAGGACGGCUUCGUCCGAGCGCUGUUUGAAAACACAAACCACAAGGACACCAAGCAGAAGACGGGCAAACUCGGCUUCAUCAGCGUCGGCAACAAGUUCAAGACGCAGCUGAACAUUCUCCUGGAGAAGCUCCGCAGCACGGGCUCCAGCUUCAUCCGCUGCAUUAAACCCAACCUGAAGAUGGUCAGCCACCAGUUUGAAGGAGCUCAGAUCCUGUCCCAGCUGCAGUGCUCGGGCAUGGUGUCCGUGCUGGACCUGAUGCAGGGCGGCUUCCCGUCCCGGGCGCCGUUCCACGAGCUCUACAACAUGUACAUGAAGUACAUGCCGCCCAAACUCUGCCGCCUGGACCCACGCCUCUUCUGCAAGGCUUUGUUCAAAGCUCUGGGACUGAAUGAGAACGACUACAAGUUCGGCCUGACCAGAGUGUUUUUCCGGCCCGGGAAGUUCGCAGAGUUCGACCAGAUCAUGAAGUCGGACCCGGACCACCUGGCCGAGCUGGUGAAGAAGGUCAACACGUGGCUGAUCCACAGCCGCUGGAAGAAGGUCCAGUGGGGGGCGCUGUCCGUCAUCAAACUGAAAAACAAGAUUCUGUAUCGGACCAGCGCCUGUGUCCAGAUGCAGAAGACUGUUCGGAUGUGGCUCUGCAGGAAGAAGCACAAGCCAAGGAUCGACGGCCUGGUGAAGGUGAGGAACCUGAAGACCAGGAUGAGUCGCUUCAACGAGGUGGUGGCCGGGCUGAAGGAGGGCAAACAGGAGAUGAGCAAACAGAUCCAGGACCUGGACUCUGCCAUCGACACCCUGAUGGCCAAGAUCAAGAUCACCAUCAUGACCCGGAUCGACAUCGACCACGAGUUCCAGGCGCUGGUGACCCGGUCGGAGCAGCUGCUGACGGCCAUGCAGAACAAGAAGAAGGAGGAGGAGGAGCGGGAGCGGCUGCAGCGCAUCCAGGAGGAGAUGGAGCGGGAGAAGAAGAGGAGGGAGGAGGAGGAGCAGCGCCGCAAGCAGGAGGAAAACUACUUAAGAAGGAUGAAAGGCGAGAUGGAGCUGAAGAGGAAGCAGGACGAGGAGGAGAGGAAGAGGAGGGAGGAGGAGGAGAGGAAGAUGCAGGUGGAGAUGGACGUGCAGCUGCUGGCGGAGCGCGAGGAGGAGGCGUCCCGUCAGAACGUGCUGGAGCAGGAGAGGCGGGACCGCGAGCUGGCGCUGAGGAUCGCCCAGAGCGAGUCGGAGCUGAUCCCCGAGGAGGCGCCGGGCGACUCGGGCCUGCGCAGCAACGGCUCUUCAGUUCCAUCGUCCCCAGAGAGAGCAGCCGCCGCCGCCGGAGCCUCAAAGCUGCCGAGCAUGAGCAUGGAACAAAUGGCCAAAGAAAUGUCUGAACUUCUGGCUCGAGGUCCUGGCGUCCAGGCGUCCAAGGCGGCCGCCGGCGCCAAGAAGUACGAGCUGAGCAAGUGGAAGUACGCCGAGCUGCGGGACUCCAUCAACACCUCGUGUGACAUCGAGCUCCUGGCCGCCUGCAGGGAGGAGUUCCACCGCCGCCUCAAGGUUUAUCACGCCUGGAAGUCAAAGAACAAGAAGAGGAACACGGAGACGGAGCAGCGGGCGCCCAAAUCCAUCACCGACUACGAUCCUUCACGUCCUGUGAGAGCAGCAUCCCAGCAGAACCCGGCCCCCCCCAUGCCGACCCGGCAGUACGAGGUGGCGAUGAACCGGCAGCAGCGCUACUUCCGCAUCCCGUUCAUCCGGCCCAGCGACCAGUACAAGGACCCUCAGAACAACAAGAAGGGCUGGUGGUACGCCCACUUCGACGGGCCCUGGAUCGCCCGGCAGAUGGAGCUGCACCCGGAUAAACACCCCAUCCUGCUGGUGGCGGGUAAAGACGACAUGGACAUGUGCGAGCUGAGCCUGGAGGAGACGGGUCUGUCCAGGAAGCGUGGGGCGGAGAUCCUGCCGCGGCAGUACGAGGAGAUCUGGGAGCGCUGCGGCGGCGUGCAGUACCUCCGCAGCGCCAUCGAGAGCCGACAGGCCCGGCCCACCUACGCCACGGCCAUGCUGCAGAGCAUGUUCAAGUGACCAGCAGGGGGCGGGGCCUCUGCAGACAAAGGGACCAGCUAACACAGGCGGCGUCCGGGCGGCGCCGGGGAGGUUCUGACUCGGGAACAACUGUCCUUUUUGUUUUUCUCUGGUCGUUAAGUGUCUCGCUCGCUUCGCCCCCCCCGGCUCGCGGCGAGAGCAUCGAACUCUAUGCAGAAAAAAAAUCAUAACUGAUCACAUCCGGUUGUUUUCCUCUCGUGUCUGAAGUUUAACUCCGAGGCCUUAACACAACGUUAACAGGGUUUAAUCACCACGAGGUCGACCUCCUCUUCUUCUUCUUCUUCUUCUGUUCAGAGCUGCCUCCCAAACCACACACUUCUAAUUCACCUGUAGUUUUACAUUCCUGACGUGGUUUCCAUGGUAACAGACCUGUUUACAUCGUGUGGAUCUUUCCUCCUUAAAUCUGCUAAAUCUUUAUUUGACCUUCGUCUUUGCGGCCGAAUGUUUCCUGAGACCUGGAUGAUUCCUUCCUGUCGUGAUUCCUUCUUUUCCUCAUCGUGUGAUUUCAACUUAAUGAGAAAAGGUUCCGAGACUUUGUGACUUUGAGACCAAACGUUGCUCGAGACAUUUUGUUUCGUUUUGUUUUGGGGACCGAGCAGUGAUUCAGCUCCGUGAUUAGUUUCUGCAGAAAAAUGUGAAUUAAUUAUGCAACUGCUGAGCUGCGACUGUGCUGCUGCUGUUUCAGAGCAGAUCAGUUAAAAGAGUCAUUAAAACAUCGUUAGUCUUUAAAUGAAAUCUUUGUACACGAGGAGACUUAAUUUGCAUACUUAGUGAUUCCAACAUGUUUUUCUUUGACUUUAUCUUUAAAAUAUUAAUUCUACAUUUGGCUGUUUGUUAAAUAAAUUCACCUGAUUCUAGAAAAUG